AUGGCUUCAAGUGGCAUCACAUCUCUUUUGUUACCGGGUGAAAGAAUUGCCCAGCCUAGAUUUAAGAUUCUUAUAAAUCCAAAUGAAGAUUCCGCCUGUUACAUCAAGCAAGGAACUCCACUCGCCGAACUUAUUGUAAGAUCUAAACUUAUUAUUUGGGAUGAAACUCAUAUGUUGCACAAGUUUUGCUUUGAAGCUUUAGAUAAGAGCAUGCGUGACAUAAUGCGUUUUUCAAAUCCAUUGAGUUUUGAAUUGCCUUUUGGGGGUAAGAGUAUUGUAUUUGGUGGAGAUUUUCAUCAAAUAUUACCCGUUAUUCCUAAAGGCGGCAUACAAGAUGUUGUGAAUGCCACUAUUAAUUCCUCGUAUUUAUGGCGUAAUUGCACAGUGCUACAAUUGACCAAGAUUCAAAAUAGAUCUUCCAAUACAGAGUCUGAUGAGUUGAAGGAUUUUUCAGAGUGGAUUGCAAGUAUUGGAGAUGGAGCAAAUUACGGUGAUAACGAUGAUUAUGCAUCUAUCGAUCUCCCUGAUGAUAUAUUGAUUAAAUCAUCUGAAGAUCCAAUAAGAGACAUCGUUUCAAGCACUUAUCCGUUCGAUGCCAACAACAUCCAUGAUCAUUCAUUCUUAUUUCAAAGAACGAGCAAUACUUGCUCCUACUUUAGAUGUAGUAGAACUCAUAAAUUAAUACAUGGUGUCUCUAAACUCUUCAGGGGAGAGAAAUAUCUCAUUUAG